AGUCGAGCUCGGGCCUUCGUCGGGGGUGUGUGUGCGUUGUAUGUCGUUGAUCGCGUUUCGUCGUACGCGAGCGUACGGGCUUGUCACUAAGAAAACAUCGAGCGCUCGCGCGUAGCAUGUCUUGACGAGUAGGAGGGACGUUUCGACAAGGGUUUUUGGCAGAUAAGGAUUCUGCAAAAUGGCGGGCGGUCAGCAGCUUCCGGAGCAGUACACGGUACCACAAUACGCGAGGAUCUUUCACAGUCUGCCGCAUCUGAACGUAUCUCUACAUUCGGUCAAUAAUACGUUCAAUCCGCACUCCGAAAUCUAUUUGGAGAGCCUCGGGAUAUUAGGAAGUAUCCCUGCAGCCUGGUUGAUCUUAACGUUGCUGGUAUUGCUGGUUUAUUUGGUAACGAGAUGCUGCGACCGGAGGCCGCGCCCCAAGAAGUCGAUAACCGCGCUGAAAUGUUCCCUGGCCAUCCUGGCAUUGCUCUGUAGUGGAGCAGUUGCUGUUGGUCUUUAUGGCAACGACGACGUUCACAACGGUUUAGUGCAACUAGUAGCCGCGGCGAAGAACGUCGAUGGAAUCCUCAUGGGCGUCAGAAAUCAGACUGACAAUAUAGAAGUAACUCUAAAGAAAAAAGUACAACCGCAAUUGACCGCCUUGGGUGACGAAUUCGAUGCUCCGGUCAGCAAUAAAACUAUGUUGGGUUGGCUGUUGGCGGCACUUAACGGUAUGAAGCAAAACACGAGCAUCGCCGUAAAUCGGAGUUUCGAGAUACGAAAGCCCUUGAGUGGAAUCAGUCUCGCUGGCGCUAUCGGAAUGGGCGAGAAGAUCGAGCAAUUAAGAUGGCCUAUCACUAUGGCAGUCUUGAGCGCUCUACUUGUCCUUUGUGUGGUUCUAGUGGUCGGUGUUGCACGACACUCUAGAUGCGUCCUCAUAACAUUCUCCGUAUUUGGCUUGUUUGCGGUAAUCGUCUCUUGGCUCAUGGCGUCCUUAUAUCUGGCCACUUCUGUAGCUCUAGGUGAUCUCUGCGUAUCGCCCGACGGUUAUUUAAGCAGAGCCGUACCGUCGACCUUAGCCUCUGAGGUACUCUCAUACUACACGCAUUGCGAGAACACGCGCAGUAAUCCAUUCACGCAGAGAUUGCGGGACGCGCAGCGCGCGGUGGGCAACAUGAGGCACAAUUUGAACAGCGUGAGUCGAUUAGCGAUAGAACUAUUUAAAGAUCAGCAACUCCAGCCGAAGCUCAGCAGCUUGUCCACGGACGUUAACACCGUAGACAGACUCGUGUCGGGUUUGGCUACCUUACUCGACUGUAAACCUCUGCACAAGCAAUACGUUCAUGCCGCUAAGAGUUUAUGUCAUUUGGGAUUAUACGGAUUGAGCUUUAUGCUAAUAGCCAGUUUAGCCGCAGGUCUUCUGUUCACUGUAUUGGUUUGGGUGGACUCGCAUACAUGGAUAUAUAUACGAAAACGAAGAGAUUACCAUCAAGUCGAUGAGCAAGAUCCUUACUUACCACCGUCGGCAGCCUCGCAAGCGAUAGCAGCUCGGACCCUUCGAGGCCAAGGGUCGUACCCGCCUACAGCCCCUACGCUUAAUUCGAAUGCUCUUGGCACUCAUAAUACGAUUAAGCAGCCUCUCUUGCUAACGCCGCCCCCACCGUCCUACGCUACUGCGACUGCUCGAGCACGUCAACUGCACGAGAGCAUGCUAAAAGGUGGGGGUGUUAACGGGAGCGGAGCAGGCGGGGAUCAUAAAUCGUCUCAGCAUAAUCAGCAAUCAACGGGUGGACGAGCUGAGCACCGUUCUGGACUCGGAGAUCAACCUGGCCAGUACGCGACUCUGAGCAAACAAUGCAAGACACUAGAAUCCAGUAGAGAACCACCUUGGACGCCUAGCGUGGCGUCCUUCACCGGUACCCUGUCUCACAAUUCGCAUGGACCCGCGCAUCUUGCUACUUUCCAAGACUCUCGAAAGACGCAAACGCUGGAUCCGAAAAAUCUGGCCAAUCUGAAGAGGGGUCCCACUCCGGCCUGGAAUCAAAAUCGACCGCUCCCGCCGAAUCCCGCGAGUCAGCAACAGCCGACGUGGGAAUUCGAGUCGCGUUCGCAGACUAACAUGAAUCAGUUUCGAUCGUUGGUGCGGAACAAGGCGCCUAACAUUCGCAUCCAGGAUCAGAUGCAGGAUCAGGUCAGGACUUUGGACAGAAAUUUUUCGCGCAGUCAGUUUAAUGGUACCGCCGCGCAGAAUAAUACGGUGCCGAAUAUGUACGGUACGUAUAAUCGAGCGCAGGGAAGGCAGGAAAAGCCGACGGUGGCUACGCUAAGUCAGGUACAGGGUAGCGAUCCUAAUUUGUAUGCUGUAACGGAACUCUAAUCGUGGUAAAAGAAAGAGACGAUGCCGUAUUCAAUGAAUCGUAUUUUCGAAACGUUGUCAUUUUACAAAAGGAAAAAGUUUUGUCCUUCGAUGAAGUUUAAGUCGGGCGAUUCGGAGUUCCUAUUUAAGAAAAAAAAAUGGCAAAUCGAUUUCGGAGAUCUGCGAUAAAAGUGAGAGAAGUAAGGGAUGAGGGGAGGGGACAAAAAAUCUUAGAGAACUUAGAAACUUGUGGGAGACAUACUUUAUAUCCGAGAUUUUGUACUUGUAUAUCAUGUACAGUAAUUGUGGUACGUCCUUCUAUGUUAGCCUCUCUCUUUGUUACGAUGUUCUUGAUCGGAUCGUGCGCGAAGUAUCCAGAGAGGAAUAGGUACUUAAAGCGGCGACGUACGUAUUUAUUGCUCGAUUGGUUGAUCGAAAAGCUAUCGAAAGCAUCUCAACGAAUAAGCACAAAGAUAUUUACAUUGACAUCAUUUACAGAGAUACUAUUCGCUUGUUCAUUCUAAAUUAGCUGUUAAUUUCGCGUAUGUUUAACUUAAGGAAAGUUAAAUAUCGUUGAAUGCUCUGAAAGAAAUACCAAAAUAUACAAUGAAGGAGGGAGAUACCGAGGUUUUUAGAUAUACUUUAUACAUUUUAUCAAGGGAAUCUAUGUUGAAUUUUUCUGUGAGAGAUAUGCAAUACACUUUAUAUGUGUGUGAACGCGUAUACAUACAUCUCUAGUUACCGCACGAAUGUCUCGUGAUUUUUACGAGGUACUUUGGCAGAAUUCGAUUGACUACGCUCGAUAUACUGCCAAUGCUUAGGCGAAUAUAUUUUUUAAGUACAAACAUGAUGGUAGCACAGAUGUUAUGCGUUUUCAAUUUUCACAUGGGAAAGAGAAAAACUAAAAACCGCACGUGGGUGUCCGAUUUAUUAAAAAAUAUUGGAAAUCUACUUCCACACAAGCCGUACUAUAUAUAAUUAAAAUACCGCAUUACUCUUUUUUAAAGGCAGUGGAAGAGAAAUGGAUCUAAAAUUGAAUCUUACUACGUUUUGUAAGAAUCAAAAAUGAAUUUUCUGCGGAGUGCAGUCUUCCUGACAGAUAUUCUACACUAGAGAUAUACCGGGUAUAUAAUCUAGCAAUUAUUUGAUAUUUGUCAAAUAGACGAAUACCAAAUAAUUAUUUUAACACCAAUGUUGAAAUGAUAAAUUCACGUAAAGUCAAUAAUGAUGAAAAGUAUUUACGUGAAAACGCUGAAGAGAGAAAAAAAGGCUCAUCUUCUAAAAAUUUUAAUGUAACUUUCAAUAAUUAUUUCCCGCUUGCUAGAUAUUAUAAUAAUCGCCACGUUUUAAUCGCAAAUAAUUAGAUCUGAAUAUUAAGGAAUAAUUUUGUGCCUGAAUAACCUGGAUAUAACCGGACAAAUAUUUACGAUUAUCAGAGCAUCCGGUUGGCAAUUUGUCAAUUUCUUCAAUUGCCGCGGGUGCCUGAGACUGUAGUGUAUUCGGUACAUCUCUAAUUGAUACUAUUUAAAAAUUUAUAAGAGUCGAUAGAUUUUCAACAAUUACAAGUGACUUUAUACCGGCAUCCGCAUAUAAUUCAGUAAAUCUGUAUAUAAACAGUAACAAUUAAGAUUAUCGAAUAAACGUAAAAAGUGUGAUAAAACGCGAAUCUAGAUGUUAUAUGAAUUCGUGGAAGCAUUUUGCCACUUUGGUUGACAGUUUGACUACGAUUUCGGGAUGCAGGAAGGAAAAUCGUGCCAUUCCAGUGUAACGUAUGCAUUUAUCGCAAAACCACUUUCCAGAAUUUUCUUAGAGACUUGUGUUUAGUCGAAUAACAAUUAUAUAUAACCGCAGUACACACCAAGAAUUAAAGGGAGCGUGAAUAGCAAGAGAACUUAAUUCAAUGUAAAUAAUUGUAAUAUUUAUUACAGAGCGCGAUAGCUCAUAUAGACUAGUAGCAUAUAGUUUAGUUAAAUGCGCUAAUUUAAGUUUCGACGAGAUGAAUAUUAAAUGUGUACACGCACGUGUACGGUAUGUCGGCCACGUAAUAUACGAGAUGAACAAACGUGUUUUGUUCAUUUUAUAGAGAGAGAUGGAAAAAUACCCUAGUCAGUAUAUAAAGUUGAGUAUAUUCGAUAACAGGUAAAAAGAUCUCUUGCCAAAUUUUUAACACAGGCUCAAUUUAAUCAAGAAAAAAAAACAAAGAAAAAAAGAACUUAAAGAGGACUGCUCUUUUUUUCUCAAAUAUUUGUAUCGUCACUAUUAAUACAUAUGAAAGCUAUUAGUGCGUGAUUGCCCCCGAUACAUGUUCUAGAUUAAGAAAAAAAAAAAAAAACUUAUCGAGAGAGAAUAUACAAGCAUGAUUCAGCUUCAGUGUUUUAACAAAAUAAGCGUCUAGUUUUAUUUUGUAUCCAUUACUCUUUUUUUCUAUUUCGUUUUUUUCAUUAUUACGUUAUCAAUUCAUAAUAAGAAUUUUAUUUCUUAUCCUUUAUAAUAAGAGAAAUAGAGAAAGAUAAAAGUCAAUGUUCAAAAUUUUUUUUCACUUUUUUAUGUCUCUUUUUUUCUAUUUUUUUCUUUUUCAAUGACUCACGAAACACUGAAGGUGGACAUUUUCACAUAGUCGAAAGGAAACAAAAGGAAAUUGUAGUGAGUUUAAGAUUUUACAAUAAAGCGCGCAAACGGGAUCAAUGUAUUAUUCAGAUUGAAGAAAUGUCGAACGAUCGCUUGACAAAAUCAGCCGAUCAAAAAUUAAUUCAUGCUUGAAUAGUUUCCUACAAAGAAAUAUUCGAUUCGCGCUCAACUAUAUUUCCGGGCGAAAAUAACGAAGAGAUUAGUUUAUAUGCGACCCCGCGUUUAACAUAUAUUGCAAAUUAAUCUAGAACAGGAAACAGUUGUUAAACAUCUCUUAACAUGCGAACUUGUAAUCUAGACAAUUGUUAAUGAAAUUCUCCUUUAUUAUAAUCUUUCAAUUUCUGUAGUUGAAACGAGAGAGUCUGAAGCACACAGUUAUGAAUCAGAGUUUCUAGUGAAUGAAAGAAUAUUUAAGUUUCUCAUGAUUUUUAUACGAUAAAUACAUAAUGUGUGUGUGGUAUGAAAGACGAGAGCGAAACGACUACGAACAAAAUAGAAAGGGAGACAGGAUGAUUGAAAGAAAGAAUGAGAAUAUGUAUGUGCAUUUAUCUAUUAUACAUAUAUAUGUAUGAGUGAGAGAGAAAGAGAGAAUGGAAACUCGUUAUUUUCAAAAAUAUUAGGAAUGAUACGACGUAUAAUGAUACAUUAAAUAACUCGUUUUUGAAUCGGUUUUAUUGGCCUACGGCAAUUUUUCACAUCGCGAAUUAAGAAAAGUAGUUAAUAAACGAAAAUCAAAAAGAGGAUUACGGAGAAUCGGAUUUGAUGCAGAUACGGAUACGCGUGACAGACAAGGAAAACGGGAGACCUAAGCUUUUGUGCACCCUUUUAAGACUGAUACUGGAUAUAUACCGAAUGAUCCAGGGCUCUAAUGUUUUUUCCUUAUAUCCGUAUAUUAUAUAAGUACGUAAUCUUUUACACGUGUUCGGUAUAUGGGAUAGGCGAUGGGACGUUUAUUUCUGUCACGUAAUUAAUAGUAUCCAUCGGUAUAUCUUCCUUUCGAUAUUUUUUUCAAUUUACGUUGCAUUUUCAAUGCAACUUUCUUGCUAUAUUUAUUAUAGCGAAAGAGUAGAUAAUAUAUAUUAUUUUUCUUUUUUUUUUGCGCAUUUCUCUCUCACUGCGCGAAAGAGAUGAUUUAUAAAGUACGUAGAGGCUACUCGAUUACUCCAGAAACUUAUAUAAGUUAUAAUAUUCUAUUGCGUCUUUGUUUGUAUGUGUGCGGUUACGCGAAUUUUGAUGUAAUAUAAAAGAGACUUAUCUCAAAGAGGUAUAUAUAUAAGAGACAACACACGGAGAACGAACGAAGCUCGUUAAUCGAUACCAAUUUUGUAUAUUACGAUUGUGUCUAUAAUUGCCAUAUUCCGGAUUUAAUUCCUCCUACUGUAACGGAACAUGAAUAUUAUAAAAAGAGAAAUAAAAACCCAAGAUCCAUAAU